CCAGGAACUGUCACAUUACUCUCAGCGCCGCGGUGGAACCGGAGCACCUGAAUGUGAGGAGGGCAGCAGACUGCGAGUCAAAGUCAGCCAGACAUUAGGAGACGAGGACUCCUCUGCAGCAGCAACCGAGUCCGCGGUGCGACCCGGGAAGCGCCUUCCCCCUCCAGACAGGGAGAUCACUGCUGUGGCUCACUACAGGCUCUCUUUUAAAGUGCUCCAACUCCAGAAGUUGUGGAAUCUGUUCAAGAAAGGGGAAGCGCAAUGGAUAAGGAUUAUCUACUGGACUAUGAGUAUCCAGAUCUUGGUCCUCCACCACCUAAAAUUGUAAAAGAAAUAAUCCCCCCAUGUGACCCUACUGCUGAUGACAAGCUGUAUCACAUAUGCAUCACCGCCAUUUCUGUCGUCAUUAUGCUGAUCCUGGCGAUCUUAGCGAGGCGCACGAAGACGGGCUACAGACAGAAAGGACUCCAGGGUUUACUCAGUCCGGUCAACUUCCUGGACCAUACGCAGCACAAGGGCCUGGCAGUGGCUGUGUUUGGAGUGCUCUUGUGCAAACUGUGGGGGCUCAUCGUCUCUCCAAACCCCCUUCCGUUCACCGAAGACACCCAGAACAAACAAAACUGGGUGAUCCUGGGAGUCUUUUACUACCCCGCAUUAUACUACCCUCUCCUGGCAUGUGGCACCUUACAUAAUAAAGUGGGCUAUGUGUUGGGAAGCCUACUAUCAUGGACACACUUUGGUAUUCUGGUCUGGCAAAAAAUCGAUUGUCCCAGAACUCCUCUGAUCCAUGCAUACUACUCCCUGUACUCCAGCCUGCCCCAAAUCGCUUGCUUGGCGUUCCUCAGCUUCCAAUAUCCGCUUCUUCUGUUUAAGGGCUUGAAGGGCACCGAGAAGCACAGUGCUACAGAGGAUCUCAGCAGCAGCUACUACAGAGAUUAUGUGAAGAAAAUGCUGAGUAAGAAGUCCACCAAAAGCAGCACAUCGCGCACAGACAAACCCAAACUCCUUCAAAGAAUAACUGAUGCCGUGAAGUCGUACAUUUAUACACCAGAGAAAGCUUUCAGAUUUCCCCUGAAGCUGGCCGUAUCUGCCGUUGUGUCUUUUAUUGUCAUGUAUCAGGUGGGUCUAUUGCUGAUCAUCGGAGUGGUGCCGACUCUCCAGACUGCUCGUUCAGGGGUGGACGAAGACGUCGCAAACCUUUUAGCCGGCUUCAAGAUUAUUCUGUCUCCAGACAAACAGGAAGUGGUCCGAAUCGUGGUUUUCUACAUGUGGUGUGUAGAAGUGUGCUAUAUCUCAGCGAUGACCCUGUCUGGUCUGGUCAACCUGGCUAUGCUCAUGCGAUCUAUGGUUCUGCAUCGGUCGAACCUUAAAGGGCUGUACAGAGGAGAUAUCUACAAUGUUUAUAACUGCCAGAGAAGCAUCAGGGCUUCCCGGCCAGCACUGGCCUGCUGGAUGGGAUACACCAGCUACACGGCGGCUCAUGUCUUCUUUGGCAUGAUUAUCCAGACUUUGGUCUUCUUCCUCUGUCUCCUGGUCGCUGUCUUCUUGGUAAUCAUACCUAUCCUGCACGGACAGAAUCUGAUCCUCUUCCAGAUCUUGUGGAGCAUGUGGCCCUUUUGGCUGAUGAUUAUUCUGGCUGUGUUGAUCCAGCACAUCACUGCGAGGUUUUGUUUCAUCAAAAAAACAGCAGGCACACGAGACCUAAACAACAGAGGGAAUCUGUUCCUGCUGACAUACCUGCUGUUUCCAGUCAAUGUUCUGAUUGGGGUGCUGCUGGCAAUCUGGCGCUUGGUCAUUACAGCCCUGUUCAAUAUAGUUCACAUGGGACGCAUGGAUAUCAGUCUUCUCAACCGUAAUGUUGAAGCUUUCGAUCCAGCCUACCGCUGCUACGCUCAUUAUCUGAAGAUCGAGGUGAGCCAGUCGCACCCUGUGAUGAAGGCCUUCUGCGGGAUGCUGCUGCAGUCGCUGGGCCAGGAGAACAAAUCCGCACUGAGGUCACGGGAUGCUGAAGAGGGGAUCCAGCUGGUCCAGCAGGAGAAAAAGCAGCACAAAGUGUCCAGUGCCAGGAGGGCCCGCGGGCACUGGCAGCUCCUCUACACCCUGGUCAACAACCCCUCCCUGGUGGGCACCAGGAAGCACUUCCACCGUCAGACAUCGGAAAGCUUCGUGAAUGGAAGCCUCAACCGCAGCACCAAGCAGGGCAGCAAAAAGGAGGCCGCAGCCAAGGAGGAGGCCACCGCCAGCAACUGAACGGGAUUGAGACGCUCAUUACG